GUGAGUUGUCUCCUUUUUUCUUUUUACAUGUCCUUUCUACUUUUAUCACACGACACCAGCGUGCUUACAUGGGCUUUCUAAAACUUUUGCAGGUGACUUGGCAACCGUAUCUUGAUCCAUAUUUCGCCAGCAUACAGUUGAGCAGCAUGUGCUCAAUAGACGAGAACCUCUACCUCAUGAGGUGUCCCCUCAUCUGUUUUUAUGCUGUUGAGUACCACUUGCCCCACAGAGUUGCUCGACAGUUCGGAUUGCGCCAGGAGUUUCCGGUGGAGCCAUUCUCGACUUCAAUAGAACUUCAUAAGUUCGACAGACAGAGACAGAAGAAGGUCACGGACUUCGAGACGCACCAUCGUGAUUACAUUGAUGAAUGGGACCAGCAGGGGGAUCUGAACUAUGAGAAUGAGUCGUCGUCGUCCUAG